AGCGGCGGCGCGCGCCUGGCUGGGCCCUACGGAGCGGGGAGGGAAAGAGCGAAGGAGCGAGCGGAGCGGCCGUCGUCCGAGCCGAGCCGCUCCGUGCCGCGCUGACCGUCCGCCCGCCAACCCGCCGGCCUGCUCGCGCUACAGUCGACUUGUCUAGCAGCGGGGCCCAGCAUGGUCAUGGCGGAUGGCCCGAGGCACUUGCGGCGCGGGCCGGUUCGGGUGGGGUUCUACGACAUCGAGGGCACGCUGGGCAAGGGCAACUUCGCGGUGGUGAAGCUGGGGCGGCACCGGAUCACCAAAACGGAGGUGGCGAUAAAAAUAAUAGAUAAAUCUCAGCUGGAUGCAGUGAACCUUGAGAAAAUCUACCGAGAGGUACAAAUAAUGAAAAUGUUAGACCAUCCUCACAUAAUCAAACUUUAUCAGGUAAUGGAGACCAAGAGUAUGUUGUAUCUUGUGACGGAAUAUGCCAAAAAUGGGGAAAUUUUUGACUACCUUGCUAACCAUGGCCGGUUAAGUGAGUCUGAAGCCAGGAGAAAAUUCUGGCAAAUCCUUUCUGCUGUUGAUUAUUGUCAUGGUCGGAAGGUUGUGCAUCGUGACCUCAAGGCUGAAAAUCUUCUGCUAGAUAACAACAUGAAUAUCAAAAUAGCAGAUUUCGGUUUUGGAAAUUUCUUUAAAAGUGGUGAACUGCUGACAACAUGGUGUGGCAGCCCCCCUUAUGCAGCCCCAGAAGUCUUUGAAGGGCAGCAGUAUGAAGGACCACAGCUGGAUAUUUGGAGCAUGGGAGUUGUCCUUUACGUUCUUGUUUGUGGAGCACUACCUUUUGAUGGACCAACUCUUCCAAUUUUGAGGCAGAGGGUUUUGGAAGGAAGAUUUCGGAUUCCAUAUUUCAUGUCAGAAGAUUGUGAGCAUCUCAUUCGAAGGAUGUUGGUCCUAGACCCAUCUAAACGGCUAACCAUAGCUCAAAUCAAGGAGCAUAAGUGGAUGCUCAUAGAAGUUCCUGUACAGAGACCUGUUCUCUAUCCACAAGAGCAAGAAAAUGAGCCAUCCAUUGGGGAAUUUAAUGAGCAGGUUCUGCGAUUGAUGCACAGCCUUGGAAUAGAUCAACAGAAGACCAUUGAGUCUUUGCAAAACAAGAGCUAUAACCACUUUGCUGCCAUUUAUUUCUUGUUGGUGGAGCGCCUGAAAUCACAUAGAAGCAGUUUUCCUGUGGAGCAGAGACUUGACGGCCGCCAGCGUAGGCCUAGCACCAUUGCUGAACAAACAGUUGCCAAGGCACAAACUGUGGGACUCCCAGUGACCAUGCAUUCACCAAACAUGAGACUGAUCCGAUCUACCCUCCUCCCACAGGCAUCCAAUGUGGAGGCCUUUUCAUUUCCAGCAUCCAGCUGUCAGGCAGAAGCCGCAUUUAUGGAAGAAGAGUGUGUUGACACUCCAAAGGUGAAUGGCUGUCUGCUUGACCCUGUGCCUCCUGUCCUGGUGAGGAAGGGAUGCCAGUCACUGCCCAGUAACAUGAUGGAGACCUCCAUUGAUGAAGGGCUAGAGACAGAAGGAGAAGCUGAAGAAGACCCCAGCCAUGCCUUUGAGGUGUUUCAGUCCACGCGCAGUGGGCAGAGACGGCACACUCUAUCAGAAGUGACCAACCAACUGGUCGUGGUGCCAGGAGCAGGGAAAAUUUUCUCCAUGAGUGACAACCCCUCCCUUGACAGUGUGGACUCUGAGUAUGACAUGGGGUCUGCUCAGAGGGAACUGAACUUUCUGGAAGACAACCCUUCCCUUAAGGAUAUCAUGUUAGCCAAUCAGCCCUCACCCCACAUGACAUCACCCUUCAUAAGCCUGAGACCUACCAACCCAACCAUGCAGGCUCUGAGCUCUCAGAAACGAGAGGUCCACAAUAGGUCACCGGUGAGCUUCAGAGAAGGCCGCAGGGCAUCAGAUACCUCCCUCACCCAAGGAAUUGUAGCAUUUAGACAACAUCUUCAGAACCUUGCUAGAACCAAAGGAAUUCUGGAGUUGAACAAAGUGCAGUUGCUGUAUGAACAAAUAGGAUCAGAAGCCAACCCUGCCUUGACAUCAGCUUCCCCUCAGCUCCAAGACCUCACUAGCAGUUGCCCUCAGGAAGAAGUUCCUCGGCCGCAGGAAAGUGUCUCCACUCUCUCUAGCAGCGUACAUCCUCAGCUUUCCCAGCGGCAAAGCCUGGAAUCUCAGUACCUGCAGCAUAGGCUUCAGAAACCUAGCCUUCUAUCAAAGGCCCAGAACACCUGUCAGCUUUAUUGUAAAGAGCCACCACGGAGCCUGGAACAGCAGCUACAGGAACACAGGCUCCAGCAGAAGCGACUCUUCCUCCAGAAGCAGUCCCAGCUGCAGGCGUAUUUCAAUCAGAUGCAGAUAGCUGAGAGCUCCUAUCCACCGAGUCAGCAGCUACCCCUACCCCACCAGGAGACUCCACCUUCAUCUCAGCAGCCCCCACCAUUCGGCCUGACCCAGCCCCUGAGCCCCGUCCUGGAGCCUUCUUCUGAGCAAAUGCAAUACAGCCCUUUCCUCGACCAGUACGAGGAGAUGCAGCUGCAGCCCCUGCCCUCCACACCCAGUCCCCGGGCACCUCCUCCGCUGCCCACACAGCUGCAACAGCAGCCACCACCCCCACCACCUCCUCCACCACCACAACAGCCAGGAGCUGCUCCCGCCCCCUUACAGUUCUCCUAUCAGACUUGUGAACUGCCAAGUGCCGCUUCCUCCGCACCAGACUAUCCCGCUCCUUGUCAGUAUCCCGUGGAUGGAGCCCAGCAGAGCAAUCUCACAGGCCUGGAUUGUCCCAGGAGCUCAGGACUACAGGAGGCCCCCUCCAGCUAUGACCCACUAGCCCUCUCUGAGUUACCGGGACUCUUUGAUUGUGAAAUGCUAGACGCUGUGGAUCCACAACACAAUGGAGUGGCUUGUCCUAUCAGCAGAUGAUUGCAUUAAGCACAGAGCGUCUUCCUUAAAGCACAAAGAAGAGAGCUACUACACUGAUGCUGCAUCUAGAAACACCUUUCAGUUGCCUUUCCUCUUUGUAGUCAGCACCCAAGCAGGUGAGGGAAGCAGGGACAUCUGAGACCCAUCCCAGCCCCUGCCAGUACUGGGGAUUUGAACAGUGUUUGUGGCUGGCCAGAGACUGCCUCAGCGUUGGGCUCCCCUCCAAGGUUGCCAAGUUCAUCACAAGAGGCGCUCUGCUCAAAGUUGGGCUUUGGGUGUCAGCAGGAAAGGGUGGUGGGGUGGGGGCGUCAUUUUGUGAUUUAAUAACAUUGAAAAUCCAGGAAGAAUAACUUAUAUUCUUUUUAUGGGUUGUUUAUUCCUCCUCAUGCUUAAUGAUUUUUUUCAAAUAGAGAACAUCAUUUAAGAGAUCAUUAAGAUCUCUAAUCUAAGUCUCUGCAAAAGAAGCCAGUUAUAAAACAAGGUUUGAAGCACAAGAUCCUGAGUUCAAUCCCCAGUGCAAAAAAAAAGCAAAUAAACCAAGGUUUAAUGUGUUCAGACUGAAGGAGGAUGUUUUCCCAAAUAUAUAUUAUAUAUUUUCCCAAAAUAUACUACAGAAGCACUCUAAUACUGACGAAGUUAAAGUGUGUUCCAGAUUGAAAAUGGGAGCCACUCAUUUCAGGAUUGGAGAAAUGGCACAGUGACAGAUUGGCAUAAACUCCUGUCCCCCAGUGGGGCCAUGAGCACUUAGCCCAGGUGACCUAGCUAGGAGCUAUGGCAGGACAGGAGCCAGAUGAGGGAUAAUGGAGAGGCUGUUGGAACACAAAAGGACCCAGAGAGAAGUUGAGAAGCAUCGAGCAGCAAGCCUGCCUGUUAGGCACCAACAGCAGUGGUGUGGAUGGUCACCAAUGAAGAGUAUGGCCCUUCCAGCUGGAACAUCUAUUGUAAGCUCCUGUUUGCUUCUCUCACUUACCUCAAGCAGAAACUAAUAAUAAAUUCCAUAGCAAUGUAUAUUUCCUGAAAUGUAAGCUGGUAAGCAGAGACUGGUUCUGCUGAUCAGUGAGGUAUUUGUUGUCUGACUGCCUCUGUUACUCUGUUCACUAGUGACCCUUGGAGACUUCUGAGCAGUUUUCACUUCACAAAUACUGAAGCAACACUAAGAAGGCUUAGGACCACUCUUCUGAUGAGAGGCUACUUUAAAAUACUGACUUACGGGCUGGGGAUUUAGCUCAGUGGUUCCGCUGCUUGACUCCCAAGUGCAAGGACCAGAGUUCCAUCCCCGGUACCAAAAAAAUAAAUAAAUAAAAUGCUGACUUACUCAUCAGUCUCAUUCACAUCAGCAGUGUGUACACUACUGUAUAAUAAUCAUUAGCUUUAUUAUCUUGUCAGCCAGGCUCCUUGGAAGAGACUUUGGUGAGAUGAACAUGAGGUAAAAAUUUCAUUUGGCUAAAAGUGCAAUAUGUGUGGUACGUUUUUUUUUUUUUUUUGGUACUGGGGGUCGAACCUCGGGUCCUUGCACUUGCGCAGCAGGCGGCAAAACCACUGAGCUAAAUCCCCAGCCCGAUUUUUUUUUUUUAAUCCAGGGGUAUUGGUCUUUGCUUUGGGGAAAAUGCACUAGUUCUGCAAUUUCCAGUUUGGCAAAUGUGUCUCCAGUAUUUUACAUGCAACCAAAAUGCCAGUCCCUGUAAAGCAAAUAAAGCACUUAGCACAACAUUGAUUCCCGAGAGCUGCCCCGAUCCCACCUUUGCCCUAACUAGGCCUGUACUGCCCUCUUGCCACCUUGGGAACAGGGAAGUGGAUGGUUCCCGACACCAACAACUCUCCAGAAUCUACUGAAUAGGAGACUACAGGCCCCACCAGGAGGACUAGAGCUGGGGACUGAAGGACUGUUAGAGAACAAAACCUUCUUUGGGUCAUACUUUGCCUCCUAGAAGUCUUUCUUCCUCAGAAAUCAAGAACUCCUCAGUAUUUAAACUGUGCCCUGGUAUCAGAGGGGUGGAAAUGAAGUCAUCUCUCAUGACUUGAGUUGUGGGCAAAGGGGGGAUACUGUGCAGUAUCCCUCCUCUGCCCUGCCCCCAGCCCCUCAAAUAACAAGGUGAACUCUCCCACCUCCUGCCAAGCUCUGGGGAUGUCACUGUACUUAACGCAGGGACACUCGUAAGGACCUCUGCCUAGUUGUCAGAACUGGGGGAAAGGGCAUUAAGUCUAAGCUGGAAAGUGAUUAGGUGACAAGGUAGCAGCUGAAAGGUGGUGGAAAGCAGCAGCUUCAGGUAACAGGUCAGAGUCCCAAGUGUGUCAGUAUAGGAACAGCCUCGGCUUAUGUGCACAUAAGAAAUAGGGACGUAGUGCCUCCUUUGCCAGGUUCUCCAAUCUCUACCCAAGCCCAUUUCCCAAAUAUACUGGGAUCAGAAUUUUUCUGGUCUGGAUUACAUUUACAAACCUAUGUCAAUAGUUACACUUAAGCUCCCCAUUGGGUUAAAGAAAAUUCAUACUCCAGGUAACUUUUUCACAUUCCUCCUCUUUCAGAGACACUUCCUAGUAUCACUUGACAGCACUGAUCCCUGUGAACAGUUGGGGAAUCUGGCUAGCACUGACCUUGGCUGCAUUUGUGCCCCUAAGCUGGGCUGGCUCUACUGUCCCCUCAGAAGCCAGGCAAGCCUCUCAGUCUCUUUGUGCUGCCUAGACAUCAAAGAUAAAAACUGGAGAACAGGUAAUAAGUUAGAAUAAUUAUUUAAGCAUGGGUCUUUGGUCAUUUUGUUCUUUCUGGAAACGUUUUACAGAAAUUAUCUUUAGAGUAAUUUGUGGAAGACAAGAGAAGUAUCAUCUGUCUGUGCUUACAAACUGGACAAAAAACAUUUUUUUACAUUUAUAUGUCCCAUUUAGCCCAGUGGUUCCGUCGUCUGCCUCGCAAGCGCAAGGACCAGAGUUCGAUCCCCGGUACCAAAAAAAAAAAAAAACCAAAAUACAUUUAUAUGUCCCUUUCCACAGGUACUGUCUGUGGCCCAGGCAAGUGACUGAUAACACAGAGCUCUGUUGGCCCUUGGAGAUGGCAAAACCUGACUAAGGCAAUGCCUGUCAAGGCCUGUUUCAGCCCCACAGCCUGAUUUCCCAGUAGCCCCUCACAUAUUUGUUUUACAAUUUUUUUCCCCAAUUAAAGUAGUCUGACCAACUCUAGAAGACCACCCAGCCAUCCUAGUUAUACCACCAUUUACAACCACAUCUUAUCUGGGCAGAUUUCAGCACAUUUGGCAAAUUUAGGCACAUACUAUUGCACAGAUUGAGACACAGCCAGCAGCACUGCCCAGAGACUCAACCUGUGAUAGUUUUGAUGGUUCCUGCCCAAACACUAUUCACCUUGCCUGUCUAAAAGGAGCAGUAGCUUCUAUUUUUACAAUAACUUACCAAGCACUUUCACAAGUAAUCUCUUAUAAGCCUCACAAUUCUGUGAAGGUAGGGAGAGGUACUGUCCUUGUUUUUCAAAGCUGAGGAAACCAAAGCUCUUGGAUUAUAUAUGUGAUGUAUCUGAGGUCACAGAGCUCACAGGCCACACGCUUGGGUUGACUGGUUUCUAAGGCUGUGAGAAGCCUCUUUCCUCUCAAUAGCACCUGAUUCUUUUCAUAAGCAAAUAGUUAUGUAAAGAAAGCCUGCAUUGUGGUCAAGCAUGGGGUAAGUAUAACACUGUUUCCACAGCUGCACUCUCCACUUGACAGCUGUCUGGCUUUGAGAGGUGCCCUUCAGGUGACAAUGGCAGCCUUCCAGGUAGCCUGCAUUGGACAAGGCUGAGGGAGACACAAACUCUAGACUAGCCAUCCUCUCAGUGCUAAGUAAACUGCAAAAGUUUAGGCUCAUAUCAAAGAUGCCCAUUUUUUCCAAGUGAUACAGUCAUUUCCUUGGGAAGUAUAUGAUGGAAAGGCACACCUGCCUUGAUUACUAAGGGGCAGAAUAGUCCAGCAUCAGCCACCAAUGCAGGUCAACAGAUUCAAACCCAAGGAAGGGGCUGCUCAAAGAAGAAUCACAAACUCAGCCUUGAUCCUGAGGAGGGAUGUAACAUUUCCCUACAAUUAAGUCCCAUCAAGGAGUACUUAUUAGACAUGUUUAGGAUUAAAGAAAAAAUAGUUAACAUGCUUUUAUUGAAUACUUUGUCUUUUCAGAGUCAAAGUGGGUAGGCGGAAUGGUGGGAUGGGGAUAAAAAUUAAAGUACAAAACAUCCAGGAAAAAUAUGACCCCAGAUGGAAUAAUUAGCAAACAGUUAACUGAGACUUCUGCUGGCAGUGUGAUUCCUUAUCUGUUCAAGAUUUGCUCAAAGAAAUUCAAAUGGUAAGACCGUCUCAUUACUGAUGGUAAAUCUGCCUUCCCCAAAAUCUCUGGAGGGGAAAGCAGCAGAGAGAGAAGAUUGACUUCUCUUUGGAGACUGCAAUUUAAGAAGUAAAAAGUGACAGAUAUUUGCACUUUGUAGAAAGGGCAAGAUUAUUUGCUUAUUUCUGAAGGGAGAAGAGUGGUCUUGCUGGAUGUUUGGUCUGAGUUACUUUUGAUAAGAUUAACUGUAGUUAUUUUUGUGUGCUUUAAUUACUAAAAAAAUUGGUGAGUUCAAUAGCUUUGUUAUUUUGAAUGCAAAUCAUCAUCGCUCCAGUGUGAAGAAAAAGAAUCAAAAUGUAACUUGUCAAUGUUAGAAAAUUGCCUAAAAUGCAAUUUAAUAAAUGAUCUUUAUACCAAACAGUAAUUUACAUGGGGUAAUUUUCUGCAAGGAAAAUGUACGGAUUUUUUAUGUUCCCAACCCUCUUGAAUUAAAAUAAAAACAACUUGUUUUCUAAAA